AUGUCUUCCGAUCUUCCUCCUCUCCUUCAACUUCAUUUUCUUCCCCACUCCCUCGCCCCUCUCGUUCCUUUGUCCUCUGUCUCUCCCCUGCCAGAGGCGGUGCCGAAGCGAAUAUUGGAGAUUAUGAACGUCCAGGGACUCACUCGAGAGAACGUCGCCUCCCAUCUGCAGAAGUACCGCCUAUACCUAAAGCGGCUAAGCGGGGUGAACCCACAGCCGCACCCAGUGGCCUCCUUCCAAGCCACAGAGGGCAGUGCGUUCGGGGGCACGCUGCACGUGCAGCUACCCGGCUCACGCUCCUCCAAAACCCCCUCCAUGAGCCUCUCUGAUGCGGUUGCUGCUGCUGCCGCCGCUGCUGGGCUGGCUGGUAUAGCAGGAUUGGGCACAGUGGGUCUGGCCGGGGGAGGAGGCUUGGGAGGGCUUCUGGAAAUGGCUACAGGGGGUGCGGGAGGAAUGGAGAAUGGCGGAGGAGUGGGCUUCUGUUGUUAG